AUGGAUGAACAAGGACCAGACCUCAGGCGAAAUGCGGCAGUACCCACUCAGAAGGCUUUCUCCACAGCACCGCGCGUGCUGGCCAUGCCACGAAGUGCUCCACUGAUCGCGCAUCUGCAGGGCCAGGGGCAAGAGUCUGCGCAGGACUCCAGAGUUCCUGAGAAGGAGGUUCGACUUCAUGAAGACAGAUCUGGGAACCCUUUCAAGAUGGCGCGGUCGGGAUAUGGAGGGACUGGCUCUGGAGUUAGCCAGGGUGUCAUCGCAGGAGCCGAGUUCACCCGUGGGCCUUUGCAGCCUACCUGGGCUGCUGAGCUGGCGGAUCGAAGAAGAGCACAGCUCAAGUCCGCGGGCCGGUCAUGA